AUGUCAUCUGUACUUAAGCUUACUAUACCCGAGUCGUCAUUGACACGAGGAGCUGCGAUUUCGCUAGUUAUUACAUAUUUGGUUGGAUUUUUUAUUGUCAAGCCUUUAUUGGAGACUACGGUGUCUCGUCGUUUUGAGUUACUAGAAUGUAUACGUGGGAAUCUUCGUGACUUUUAUCUCAAAGCCAUAACGAAAAUCAAUUAUAUUCCAAUAGUAGCGAUUAAACGGAAUGACAAACUAUACGCGGAUGCCAUCACACAAACAGAGCCACCUUCUUUGGGCGGUUUUGAGGAAAAGGAAGAUACCUUGUUUCAGACAGACUUACAUAAAAAGUUGAAAAAAGUAUCAACAUUACUACAGGAUAGUGUUCGAAGCUAUUCAGUUGAAAAUUUGGCCAAUUGCAAGAGCUUCUCCUACUCAAUUAAGGAUCUUCAAAACAAGGCAGAUUUGAUAUACUUCAACGAGGACGAGUUUUUCCUUUUGGAUGAAACAGCUAGCUUGAUAAUUGAUAGCGAAGAUGAGUUAGAAAGCAAUGAAAUCUAUUCAGAGAAUGUCUCUGAGGGUCUGAUUUCUGCUUCCAAUGAUAAUGAGGGUGCUUUUCUGGAACCUGAAAGUACGAUUGCGAAACUUUCAAGAGAACGAAAGAACAAAGUCGUUGAAGAGGAGGAUGAAGAGGAUGAGGAGGAUGAAGAGGAUGAGGAGGAUGAAGAGGAUGAGGAGGAUGAAGAGGAUGAGGAGGAUGAAGAGGAUGAGGAGGAUGAAGAGGAUGAGGGGGGUAUAGAGGAUGAGGGGGGUAUAGAGGAUGAGGAGGAUGAAGAGAAUGAGGAGGGUAUAGAGGAUGAGGAUGCGGACGAAGAGGACGAUGAUGGAGUAGAGGAUGAGGAGGAUGAGGAGGAAGAGGAGCUUGACGAGGAUACUGCAAAUGACGACAAUUAUGGUGUUAACGCUUCUGAUAGCGAUGUAGGUUUAGAAUUAAAGGAUGGGCUUGAAGAAGAAUUGGAGGUGGAGGAAGAAGAAGAAGAGGAGGAGGAGGAAGAGGAAGAAGAAGAAGACUCAAACGGAUCAAAGGUUACGAUUAAGCAGGCACGAGGUUCCAAAUCUCAACCUAGAAAGUCAAUAAAGAUCACCAUCAAACCUCCUACGAGAAAAGAAUCGAAACAGAAAUCUAGGGAUCUGAUGUUGAAAGUGUCACUGUUUGCUUCCUCGUUAGGAACAGCAGCUAAGCCGACCACCCGUAAACGACAUGUAAGCUAUUACCAAGACGAAACUGACGAUUUAUUUGAAGAGUUUUCAGAAGAAGAGGAACAACCAGCACAAAAAUCUUUGAAGAAGGUUAAAAUAAAACCGUUACAACAGAGUAAACCCAAGGGGGUCCCAAAUGUUGAUCCUGAUUUGUUGUUGACCGAUGAGGAAGAGGAGUAUGAUCCUAGUGCAUCGAAUGACAUUACAAAGAUGACUGAACGACAGAGGGCUAGACUCAAUGCCGACGAAACAGGUGAAGAUCGGUUAAUAGAAUUGGACAAAACCGGUAAGAAACACAAAUUGAGAAAAGAGAAAAAGGAAGUAGAGGAAACGGAGGAAGAAGCAGCACUUCGUAAAGCUGAAAAUGCUCGAAAAAGACUAGAUUAUAAGAACAAGAUACUCGAGGAGGAGAAAAGAGACACCUUGAAUAAGUUGUUAAAGAGAAGGGCAACAAAAUCGAGAGAGGUAAUAAAAGACGACAAGACAGAAAAUGGAGGAGGAGGAGGAGGAGGAGGAGAAGGAGGAGAACAGGAUGAAGAUGCAAACUUAUUUUACAAGGAAAGAAGACCAACAUGGCACCACCCUGCACUUCGAGAUAGUGGAGCACACCAGCUGCCACCAACACUAUCGACACUAUCAGGUGUACUGAUACAUGCAUCGCAACACCACCAACAGCAGCAGCAGCAACAACAACAACAGCAACAACAACAGCAGCAGCAGCAUCAAGCACCAUUACUACAACAACCACCGCUUCCUCCUCCUCCUCAACCAUCAUUAUUACCACAACACACGGGUCCUUCCGCGCGACCAGGAUUACAGCGUAAUGCGAAUUUUAGUGGUAGCCCUAUUCUUACAAAAAACUCAUUUUCAAAUGGUGUUGCGAAUCCCCUUAAUAAACCUACUCCGUAUCAAAAUAACUCGAUGAUGCAUCCAGCGCCAUCACUGCCACCACUGCAGUUCCAGGGUCUGUCGACCAAUAACUCUCAAGGCGAUACACCAGUAAUGGGAUUCCAACCGCCACCUCAGCAGCAGCAGCAGCAGCAGCCGCAUGCACCAUCCAAUUUUCAAAUGAAACCAUCAGGUGCGAUAGAUGGACUUAAUCUUCAAAUGCCGCAACAUGCAAGAGUUGGUAAAAUGCAGAAUCCUUCCUUUCCGUCAUCUGUGGCAGCUGCUUCUUUUCCAUCUCAACAGUAUUUUACCAAUAACCCUGCGUUCAAUCAAUUAGUCAAUAACAUGGCUUCAGUACCGCCGCAACAAAGAAGACAACAACAACAACAACAACAACAACAACAACAGCAACAACAACAACAACAACAACAACAACAACAACAACAACAACAACAACAACAACAGCAGCAACAACAACAACUGAUACCGCAACAAUUAGUUCCACACGGGGCAUUACCUGUAAAUACAGCAGGCCCAGGAGUGAUACCUGAUCAAGUGAUGCAAGAUUUCAAUAUGCGAAUGGUGAAGCGAAACCUAGGCAAUGCUGCUGCCAUGCGCGUGUUGGAUUUAAUUGAUUUUGUGACUAAUGAAAAGUUUGAAAAUUUGAGUAAACUUGAAUUCUGGCGACGUAUCAUUCCAGCUUAUUUCCUACCAACUGCCAUUUUGAGAUUGCAUUUACAUAAUAAGCCAAGUUCAGGUGAAAAAUCUAUUAGUGAGCAAAUUGGAUUGAAUUUUGAGUUUUUGAAAUUGGGAGCUAACAGCAACACUCAAUUUGAACUCAAUACAACCACAGCUCCUUCCUUUCUAGCUAAUUGUGUAUCUGACUCGGAAACAAAAAAGUUUCUGAUUGAUUUGAAUGGAAUACGAUUUCAAGUUUUGAACAAUGGGUCUAUUAUACUUGUUGCGAAAUUGAAAAUGAACUACAAGUAUAUUGAUGACACAGAGUCAGAAAUUAAAGGAACAAUCAAGAUGUUUAUGAGCAGAGACUUGAGAAUAGAAUGGAUCGAUGUCAGCUGUUUGGACUAUAAAAGUCUUGUGGCUUUCAAACCAACAUCUUCAGUGAAUCGAAAUGCUUCCUUGAACGAGUUAUAUCGCAAAUCCAAAACAUUUCUUAAUGCAAGUACUUAUGGGUUAAACGCCCAUGAUGCCAGGAGCCUACAAAUUGGUGAUAUUUUAUCUCACUUGAGACAACUAAUAGACUUUAGUCAACAAAGUAAAGUCCAAUCACCACAAAAGGCACUAGAGCUAUUAUUAUCCACGUUCACAACUUCAACACAAACACUGUCAUUUAUUCAUAAAGCUGUUGGAGGAACUACGGCAUCUGGGCAACCUUCAGUACAGCAAAAUCAAGGACAAGGACAAGGACAGGGUCAAGGUCAAAAUGAAGGACAAGUACUAGGUCUAAAUCAAAGUGAAGGCGAAGGAAAAGGUCAAGGAAAGGUGCAUAGAAGCAACUCUUCUAUGCAAGCUGCCACCAAUAUUUCAUCACCAUCUCCAAAGACGAUACAUGCUGAAGAGCCGAAAAAAAAGAGAAAAGCAAGCAUUCCUGCAAGUGGUUUAAAUAACGAAGUUAACAAGAGGAGAAAAUAG